UUCGCCAAUAUCGCCCUUCUUCUUUCGACAAAACCACGCCCGACAAAACCACGCCUCAGACCAAUCUUUUUUUGACAAUUCACGUCACAAUGUCACUGAAGAACGACAAGUUCCCCUCGUCGGCGGCUUUCGACGCCAUCAACGAUGCCCUCCAGGCCAGCGAGGCCGACCGCAAGGAUGCCAUCAAGCAGGGCAACGCCGUCUUUGCCUUCAACCUCAAAAACGCUGCCGGCGAGACUGAGAGCUGGCACAUCGACCUCAAGAACAAGGGCGUUGUUGGCAAGGGCCCUGGUGACAAGCCGACCGUCACCCUCUCCCUCUCCGAGUCCGACUUUGGUGCCCUCGUCGCCGGGAAAGCCAACGCUCAGCGGCUCUUCAUGUCGGGCAAGCUCAAGAUCAAGGGCGACGUUAUGAAGGCCACCAAGCUCGACCCCAUCCUGAAGAAGGCUCAGACCAAAGCCAAGCUUUAAAAAUGGGUCGAAUGGCGAAAGGAGGUUUAAUGAUACCGGUUGACGACUCUCUUGUAUAAUACCAUUUCC